CCCUCUCCCUCUCCCUUUCGCUUUCCCCCGUGGGUGCGUGUCCUGGGUGUGGAUCCUCCCCUUGGCUCCAAGCAAGGAAGGAAGGAGGGAGGGGGCAACGAAGGAGGGAGGGCCGGCCGGCAUGCUUCGCGGGCAGGAGGCGGCUGGAGGCGCACACCUGGGCGGCAAGAGGAGCAGGAGCAGAGGGACCCACAGGAGGUGAUGUCUUCCCGACGGAAGGAAAAGUCCAAGAUGGCGGCGGCGGCAUCGUCCUCUGCGUCCGCGGCGCCAGUGGCAGGGAGUUCCAGCGGCGGCAGCAGCAGUGGGGGCUCCCCCUCCCCGGGGGACACUCUACCCUGGAACCUGCCCAAGCAUCAGCGCACCAAGCGCACCAAGUCGGCCUCCGGCAGCAGUGGGACGGUCCUGGACCCGGCUGAGAGGGCCGUCCUCCGCAUUGCAGACGAACGCGACCGGGUCCAGAAGAAAACCUUCACGAAAUGGGUCAACAAGCACCUGCUCAAGGCCCAGCGCCAUGUCAACGACCUCUACGAAGACCUGCGCGACGGGCACAACCUCAUCUCUCUGCUGGAGGUGCUUUCGGGGGACACCCUGCCCCGCGAAAAGGGCCGCAUGCGCUUCCACAAACUCCAGAAUGUGCAGAUUGCCCUGGACUACCUGAAACACCGACAGGUGAAACUGGUCAAUAUCCGGAACGAUGACAUUGCAGACGGGAACCCCAAGCUGACGCUGGGCUUGAUAUGGACCAUCAUCCUCCACUUCCAGAUCUCGGACAUCCAGGUGAGCGGCCAGUCGGAGGACAUGACAGCCAAGGAGAAGCUGCUGCUCUGGUCCCAGCGCAUGGUGGAGGGCUACCAGGGCAUGCGCUGCGACAACUUCACCACCAACUGGCGGGACGGGCGCCUCUUCAACGCCAUCAUCCACCGCCACAAGCCGAUGCUGAUUGACAUGAACAAGGUCUACCGCCAGACCAACGUGGAGAAUUUGGAGCAAGCCUUUUCGGUGGCCGAGCACGACUUGGGGGUCACCCGGCUGCUGGACCCUGAAGACGUGGACGUGCCGCAGCCAGACGAGAAGUCCAUCAUCACCUACGUCUCCUCCCUCUACGACGCCAUGCCGCGGGUCCCGGACGUGCAGGACGGGGUCAAAGCCAACGAGCUGCAGCUGCGCUGGCAGGAGUACUAUGAAGUGGUGACGCUGCUCCUGCAAUGGAUGCGGCAUCACACCCUGGUCUUCGAGGAGCGCAAGUUCCCCGCCAGCUACGAGGAGAUCGAGAUCCUCUGGCGCCAGUUCCUGAAGUUCAAGGAGACGGAGCUCCCUGCCAAGGAGGCCGACAAGAACCGCUCCAAGGCCAUCUACCAGUCCUUCGAGGCGGCCGUCCAGUCCGGGCAGGUGAAGGUGCCCCCUGGCUACCACCCGCUGGACGUGGAGAAGGAGUGGGGCAAGCUGCACGUGGCUAUCCUGGAGCGCGAGAAGCUCCUGCGCUCCGAGUUUGAGAGGUUGGAGCGGCUGCAGCGCAUUGUGAGCAAGCUCCAGAUGGAGUCGGGUCUCUGCGAGGAGCAGCUCAACCAGGCAGACACCCUCCUGCAGUCGGACAUCCGGCUGCUGAAUGCCGGCAAGGCCCCACAGAAGUCGGCCGAGAUUGAGCGGGACCUGGACAAGGCGGAGGCCAUGAUCCGGCUGCUCUUCAACGACGUCCAGGCCCUGAAGGACGGGCGCCACCCGCAGGGGGAGCAGAUGUACCGCAGGGUCUACCGCUUGCACGAGCGCCUGGUGGCCAUCCGCACCGAGUACAACUUGCGACUGAAGUCGGGUCCAGCACCCAUUGUCCAGACGUCCGUGCUAGUUACUCAGCAGCAGCGCGUGCGGCCAGAGCUGGACGACGUGACGCUGCGCUACCUGCAGGAUCUGCUCUCCUGGGUGGAAGAGAACCAGCAGCGCAUUGGGGCCGCCGAGUGGGGUGUGGACCUACCCACCGUGGACUCCCAGUUGGGCAGCCACCGUGGCCUCCACCAGUCCAUUGAGGACUUCCGCCCCAAGAUCGAGCGGGCACGUGCCGACGAGGCUCAACUCUCGCCUGGACCACGGGGUGCCUACCGGGACCUUCUGGGCAAGCUGGACUUGCAGUACGCCAAGCUUCUGAACUCCUCCAAGGCCCGGCUGCGUCACCUGGAGAGCCUGCAGGCCUUUGUGGCGGCGGCCACCAAGGAGCUGAUGUGGCUGAACGAGAAGGAGGAGGAGGAGGUGACCUACGACUGGAGUGAGCGCAACAGCAACAUGGCCGCCAAGAAGGAGAGCUACUCGGGCCUGAUGCGGGAGCUGGAGCAGCGCGAGCGCAAGAUCAAGGAGAUCCAGAGCACCGGUGACCGGCUGCUGCAGGAGGGACACCCAGCCAAGCAGACGGUGGAGGCCUUCCAGGCUGCCUUGCAGACUCAGUGGAGCUGGAUGCUGCAGCUGUGUUGCUGCAUUGAGGCCCACCUCAAGGAGAACACAGCCUACUUCCAGUUCUUCUCAGACGUGAAGGAGGCGGAAGAGUCCCUGCGCAAGACCCAGGAGACCAUGCGGAAGAAGUUUGUGUGCGACCGCUCAGUCACCGUGACGCGCCUGGAGGACCUGCUGCAGGACUCCCAGGACGAGAAGGAGCACCUGGCAGAGUACCAGGCCCACCUGGCAGGGCUGGCCAAGCGCGCCAAGACCAUCGUCCAGCUCAAGCCGCGCAGCCCCUCCUCCCCAGUCAAGGGCCGGUUGCCCAUCCAGGCGGUCUGUGACUACAAGCAGAUGGAGAUCACAGUUCACAAGGGAGACGCCUGCACCCUCCUCAACAACAGCCAGCCCCACAAGUGGAAGGUGCUGAACGCGGCCGGGAGCGAGUCCGUCGUGCCGUCCAUCUGCUUCAUGGUGCCUCCGCCCAACAAGGAGGCACUGGAUGUGGUCAGCAGGUUGGAGGGAACCCACAAAGGCCUGCUAUCGCUCUGGCACCAGAUGCACAUCGACCUACGGAGCCUCCUCUCCUGGCAGCACCUCCAACGGCACAUCCAGCAGAUCCAGUCCUGGACACUCCUCACGUUCCGGACGAUGCCACCUGAGGAGUACAGGCAGGUCCUGCGCAGCCUGGAGACCCACUACCAGGAGUUCCUGCGCAGCAGCCAGGAUGCCCAGAACUUCCUGCCGGACGACCGGCUGCAGGUGGAACGUGAGGUCACCUCCUGCAACCAGAAGUACGAGCUGCUCCUGCGUGGCCUGGAGAAAGGGGAGCAGGAAGAGUCGCUCUGCCGGAACUACAUCUCCCAGCUGAAGGACAUCCGCCUGCAGCUGGAGGGCUGUGAGUCGCGCACCAUCCACAAGAUCCGCCUGCCGCUUGACAAGGACCCCGCCAAGGAGUGCACCCAGCGCAUCACCGACCAGCAGCAAAUCCACCAAGAACUGGAGGGCAUCAAGAAGAACCUGGGGAAAGUGAGUGCCAAGACAGAGCAGGUGCUUGCCCAACCAGAGAAGGCCGGCUCGGCCCCCUCCCUCCACUCUGAGCUGGACCUCACGCUCCAGAAGAUGGACCAGGUCUACAGUCUCUCCAGCAUCUACCUGGAGAAACUGAAGACCAUCCACCUGGUGAUCCGCAGCACUCAGGGGGCGGAGGACCUUAUCCGCAAAUACGAGGAGCAACUGAAGGAUGUGCAGGCGGUGCCUGCGGAUGUCAAGGCCCUGGAGGCAACCAAGGCAGAGCUGAAGCGGCUGCGAGGGCAGGUGGAAGGGCACCAGCCCCUCUUCAGCACCCUGGAGGCGGACCUGGGCAAGGCCAGUGAGGUGAACGAGCGCAUGGUCCGCGGCCACAGCGAGAGGGACAUCGACUUGGACCGCUACCGGGAGCGGGUGCAGCAGCUGCUGGAGCGCUGGCAGGCCAUCCUGGCCCAGAUCGACCUGCGCCAGCGGGAGUUAGACCAACUGGGCCGCCAGCUGCGCUACUACCGCGAGUCCUACGACUGGCUGAUCCAGUGGAUCCAGGAUGCCCGGCAGCGGCAGGAGCGCCUGCAGGCUGUGCCCAUCACCAGCAGCAAGAACGUGCGGGAGCAGCUGCUGCAGGAAAAGAAACUCCUGGAGGAAUGCGAUCGGAAUCGGGAGAAGGUGGAGGAGUGUCAGCGUUUUGCUAAGCAGUAUAUUGAUUCCAUCAAGGACUAUGAGCUUCAACUGGUGACUUACAAAGCCCAGGUGGAACCGGUGGUGUCUCCUGCCAAGAAGCCAAAAGUGCAGUCUGCUUCAGACAGCAUCAUCCAGGAGUACGUGGACCUGCGAACCCGAUACAGCGAGCUGACCACCCUGACCAGCCAGUACCUGAAAUUCAUCACGGACACCCUCCGGCGCCUGGAGGAAGAGGAGAGAGUGGCGGAGAAGCUCAAGGAGGAGGAGCAGCAGCGCCUGGCUGAGGUGGAGGCCCAACUGGAGAAGCAGAGGCAACUGGCCGAGGCCCACGCGAGGGCCAAGGCUCAAGCAGAGCGGGAGGCCCAAGAGCUGCAACGGCGCAUGGAGGAGGAGGUCAGCCGGCGGCAGCUGGUGGCUGUGGAUGCCGAACAGCAGAAGCAGACCAUCCAGCAGGAGCUCUCGCAGGUCAAACAGAGCUCGGACACUCAGAUCCAGGCCAAGCUCAAGCUGAUCGAGGAGGUGGAGUUCAGUCGGCGGAAGGUGGAAGAGGAGAUCCGCCUGGUCCGGCUGCAGCUGGAGACCUCAGAACGGCAGAAGACUGGGGCAGAGGAGGAGCUGCGGGCCCUCCGGGAGCGGGCCGAGGAGGCCGAACGGCAGAAGCGGUUGGCUCAGGAGGAGGCUGAGCGCCUGCGCAAGCAAGUCAAGGAUGAGAGCCAGAAGAAGAAGGAGGCAGAGGAUGAGCUGAAGCGCAAGGUGCAGGCAGAGCAGCAGGCCUCCCGUGAGAAGCAGAAGGCACUUGACGACCUGCAGAAGCUGCGCGUGCAAGCGGAGGAGGCCGAGCGGCGGAUGAAGCAGGCGGAGCUGGAGAAGGCGCGACAGAUCCAGGUGGCCCAAGAGGCAGCCCAGAAAAGCGCCGAGGUGGACCUUCAGAGCCGGCGCCUCUCCUUCGCUGAGAAAACCGCCCAGCUGGAGCUCUCCCUGAAGCAGGAGCACAUCACAGUCACACACCUGCAGGAGGAGGCUGAGCGCUUGAAGAAGCUGCAGCUGGAGGCCGAGCAUUCCCGCGAGGAGGCCGAGAAGGAGGUGGAGAAGUGGCGGCAGAAGGCCAAUGAAGCGUUGCGCCUGAGGCUGCAGGCUGAGGAGGUGGCCCAUGUGAAGGCCCUGGCUCAGGAGGAGGCCGAGAAGCAGAAGGAGGACGCAGAACGCGAAGCCCGGAAGCGCUCCAAGGCUGAAGAGUCAGCCUUGCGGCAGAAGGAGCUAGCCGAGCAGGAGUUGGAAAAGCAGCGGAAGCUAGCCGAGGGAACGGCCCAGCAGAAGUUCCUGGCCGAACAGGAGCUGAUCCGACUGAAGGCCGAGGUGGAGAAUGGGGAGCAGCAGCGCCUGCUGCUGGAUGAGGAGCUCUUCCGUCUCAAGAAUGAGGUGAGCGAAGCCAUCCAGAAGCGGAAGGAGCUGGAGGAGGAACUGGCCAAGCUGCGUACUGAGAUGGAGCUCCUGCUGCAGAGCAAAGCCAAGACCGAGGAGGAGUCCCGCUCCACCAGUGAGAAAUCCAAGCAGAUCCUGGAGGCCGAAGCUAGCAAGCUGCGUGAGCUGGCCGAAGAAGCCGCUCGCCUGCGCGCACUCUCAGAGGAAGCCAAGCGCCAACGUCAACUGGCUGAGGAAGAGGCCGCCCAGCAGCGGGCCGAAGCAGAGCGUAUCCUCAAGGAGAAGCUGGUGGCCCUCAACGAGGCCUCACGGCUGAAGGCUGAAGCAGAGAUCGCCCUGAAGGAGAAAGAGGCAGAGAACGAGCGGCUCAGGCGGCUGGCUGAGGACGAGGCCUACCAGCGCCGGCUGCUGGAGGAGCAGGCCACCCAGCACAAGCAGGACAUCGAGGAGAAGAUUGCACAGCUGAAGAAGUCCUCUGAGAAUGAGCUGCAGCGGCAGAAGAGCCUAGUGGAGGACACCCUGAAGCAGCGGCGCAUUGUGGAGGAGGAGAUUCGCAUCCUCAAGGUGAACUUUGAGAAAGCCUCCCUGGGCAAGACCGACUUGGAGCUGGAGCUCAACCGAAUCAAGCAGAGUGCAGAGGAGAUCCAGCGGAGCAAAGAGAAGGCAGAGCACGAGGCAGAGGAGCUGCGAAAGCUGGCCCUGGAGCAGGAGAACCACCGACGGGAGGCCGAGGCCACAGUAAAGAAGAUCGCAGCAGCCGAGCAAGAGGCUGCCCGGCAGUGCAAGGCAGCCCUGGAUGAGGUUGAGCGCUUGAAGGCCAAGGUGGAAGAAGCCCGGAAGCAGAAGGAGUUGGCCGAGAAGGAAUCAGAGCGGCAAAUCCAGCUGGCCCAGGAAGCAGCCCAUAAGCGGAUCACAGCUGAGGAAAAGGCCCACCUGGCUGCUGUGCAGCAGAAGGAGCAGGAGUUGAUGCAGACCCGGCAGCAGGAGCAGAGCGCCCUAGACAAGCUGCGGGAGGCGGCAGAGCAGGCCAAGAAGGCCGCUGAGGAAGCUGAGUUUGCCCGGAUCAAGGCCGAGCAAGAGGCUGCCUUGUCCCGGCAGCUGGUAGAGGAAGCCGAGCGUAUGAAGCAGCGGGCGGAGGAGGAGGCCCAAGCCCAGGCCAAGGCCCAGGAGGAUGCGGAGAGGCAGCGCAAGGAGGCUGAGCUGGAGGCAGCAAAAAGGGCCCAGGCCGAGCAGGCGGCCCUCAAGCAGAAGCAACUGGCCGAUGCCGAGAUGGCCAAGCACAAGAAGUUUUCAGAACAGACACUGCGGCAGAAGGCCCAGGUGGAGCAGGAGCUGACUAAGGUCAAGCUGCAGCUGGAGCAGACAGACCACCAGAAGAACAUCUUAGAGGAGGAGCAGCAGCGGCUAAAGGACGAAGUGACUGAGGCCAUGAAGCAGAAGGCCCAGGUGGAGGAGGAACUCUUCAAGGUGAAGAUCCAGAUGGAGGAGCUGAUCAAGCUGAAAGCCCGCAUUGAGGGGGAGAACAAGGCGCUGAUCAUGAAGGACAAGGACAACAUGCAGAAGUUCCUGGCCGAAGAAGCUGAGAAGAUGAAGCAGGUGGCGGAGGAGGCUGCCCGGCUAAGCAUAGAGGCCCAGGAGGCUGCCCGCCUGCGGGAGCUGGCUGAGCAGGACCUGGCCCAACAGCGAACCUUGGCAGAGAAGAUCCUGAAGGAGAAGAUGGUGGCCGUCCAGGAAGCCACAAGGCUGAAGGCUGAGGCAGAGAUGCUUCAGAAACAGAAGGACUUGGCUCAGGAACAGGCAAAGAAGCUACAGGAGGACAAAGAGCAGAUGCAGCUCCGCCUCACCGAGGAGGCCGAGGGCUUCCAGAAGACCCUGGAGGCAGAGCGCAAGCGCCAACUGGAGAUCUCCACUGAUGCCGAGCGCCUCAAAGUGCAGGUGACUGAGCUGAGUCUGGCCCAGGCAAAGGCAGAGGAGGAGGCCAAACGGUUCAAAAAGCAGGCAGAGGAGAUCAGUCAGAAAUUGCACCAAACAGAGCUGGCCACCCGGGAGAAGAUGACCUUGGUGCAGACACUGGAGAUCCAGAGACAGCAGAGCGACCAUGACGCUGAGAAGCUGAAGAAAGCCAUUGCGGAGCUUGAGCAGGAGAAGGAGAAGCUGAAGAAGGAGGCAGAGCGGUUGCAACAAAAAUCGGAAGAGAUGCAGAAGGUUCAGAAGGAGCAGCUCCGCCAGGAGACGCAGAUGCUCCAGCAGACAUUCCUGUCAGAAAAGGACAUCCUCCUUCAGAAAGAGAGAUUUGUGGAGGAAGAGAAGGCCAAGCUGGAAAAACUUUUCCAAGAGGAAGUCAAAAAGGCCCGAGACCUGACGGCCGAACAGGAGCACCAGCAGAAGCAGAUGGAGCAAGAGAAGCAGAAGCUGGCGGCUGUCCUUGAGGAAGCCCGCAAGAAGCAGGCAGAAGCGGAGGAAAACGUCCGGCGGAAGCAGGAGGAGCUGCAGCAGUUGGAGAAGCUGCGGCAGAAGCAGGAGAAGCUCCUGGCGGAGGAGAACCAGAAGCUCCGGGAGAGACUGGAACGGCUUCAAGAGGAGCAGCGGGCAGCCCUCUCCCAGACCCGGGAAAUCAUGAUCCAGACCGACGACCUUCCCCAGGAGGUGGCCACUCCUUCUCAGGUGCCUCAGCUGAAAGCAGUGCCUAAUGGCCAAGACAUGAUAGAUGGCAUCUCUCAAAAUGGUGAGGCGGAGCUGGCGUUUGAGGGCCUCCGUCACAAGGUAUCUGCCAAGAAGUUGGCCGAGGCUGGCAUCCUGAGCCGAGAGAACAUCGAUAAACUGGCCAAAGGAAAGGCCACAGUGGAGGAACUCUCCCAGAGGGAAGACAUCCGACGGUACUUGCGAGGAACGAGCUGCAUCGCCGGCCUCCUGCUGAAGCCGAGCAACGAGAAGAUGAGCAUCUACACGGCCAUGAAGCAGCAGGUGCUGAGCCCCGGCACAGCUCUCAUUCUGCUGGAGGCCCAAGCUGCCUCUGGCUACGUAAUAGACCCAGUGAGGAACAAAACCAUGUCUGUCAGCGAAGCAGUGAAAGAAGGAGUGAUUGGGCCCGAACUGCAUAACAAGCUGCUCUCUGCUGAGAGGGCCGUAACUGGGUAUAAAGACCCCUACACAGGGGAAAAGAUAUCCCUCUUCCAAGCAAUGACCAAAGACCUCAUUGUGAAAGACCACGGCAUUCGGCUUCUGGAAGCUCAGAUUGCAACAGGCGGCAUCAUUGAUCCCAUCAACAGCCAUCGCCUUCCUGUGGAAGUGGCCUUCAAACGUGGCUACUUCGACAAAGCAAUGCAGAAGGUCCUCUCAGAUCCCAGCGAUGACACCAAGGGCUUCUUUGACCCCAACACCCAGGAGAACCUGACAUACCUGCAGCUGAUGGAGAGAUGCGUGGCCGACCCCGAGACUGGCCUCUUCCUCUUGCCACUGACAGAUAAAGCUGCUAAAGGAAGGGAGCUGGUCUACACGGACCAGGAGGCCAAGGAUGUCUUCAAGAAAGCCACAGUGUCAGCCCCCUUUGGCAGGUUUCAGGGGAAAACAGUGACCAUCUGGGAAAUCAUCAACUCUGAGUAUUUCACCGUGGAGCAGAGGCGGGACCUCCUGCGCCAGUACAGGACUGGGAAGAUCACUGUGGAGAAGAUCAUCAAAGUCAUCAUCACUGUGAUGGAGGAGAGCGAGAAGAAGAGCCAGCUGUGCUUCGAAGGGAUCCGGGCUCCCGUUCCAGCUUCUGAGCUGCUAGAAAGCAAAGUCAUUGACAAGGAUCUUUACAACCAGCUGCACCAGGGGAAAAAGACUGUCGAGGAACUUGCCAGCAUGGAUCCCAUCAAGAGGUACCUAAAAGGCACCGGUGCCAUUGCAGGCAUCUUGGUUGAGUCGAGUGGCCAGAAGUUGUUGCUCAAUGAUGCCUUGAAGAAAAACCUCCUGAAGCCAGAAAUAGCCCUGAUGCUUCUGGAGGCCCAGGCUGCAACUGGAUACAUCAUUGACCCAGUGAGGAAUGAGCAGCUCCCUGUGGAUGAUGCAGUCAGAUCAGGGAUUGUUGGCCCCGAGCUGCACGAGAAGCUGUUGUCUGCAGAGAAGGCUGUGACAGGCUACAGGGAUCCCUACACGGGACAGGUGGUCUCCCUCUUCCAAGCUCAGAAGAAAGGCCUCAUCCCCAAGGACACCGGGAUCCGUCUGCUGGAUGCUCAGCUUGCCACUGGGGGCAUCGUAGACCCGGUGAACAGCCACCGUCUUCCCCUUGAUGUAGCCUGCAAACGGGGCUACUUCAGUGAAGAGAUGAACAAGGCUUUGUCCGUUCCAGCUGAUGAGACCAAGCUGUAUUACGACCCCAAUUCCCAAGAAAAUCUCACCUAUGCCCAACUGCAGAAGAAAUGCCAAGUGGACAAGAAGACCGGCCUUUGCUUGCUUCCCCUCUCAGACCAGGCCGUCCGGCUUCAGCAGGAAGAGGUCUACUCGGACAGCCAAGCCAAGCAGUCCUUUGAUAAGGCGACACUGGAAGUGCCAGCCGGCAGCCUGAAAGGCAAGACAGUGACCAUCUGGGAGUUGAUUCAUUCAGAAUAUUUGACUGAAGAACAGAGGAGAGAGCUGAUACGGCAGUACAAAACUGGGAAGGUCACCAUUGAAAGGAUCAUCAAGAUCAUCAUCACAAUAAUUGAAGAGACUGAGACCAAGAAGCAAGAGAAGCUGACCUUCAGUGGCUUGCGUGGCCCUGUACCCGCCAGUGAGCUGUUCGAAUCAAAAGUCAUUAGCAAGAAACAGUAUGAGCAACUCAAGGAAGGAAAGAAGUCCGUGAAAGACCUUGCUGAAGUGGCCGCUGUGAAGAGGUAUCUUCAGGGGAGUGACUGCAUUGCAGGGGUGUAUGUAGAGGAAACCAAGGAGAAGCUGAACAUCUAUGAGGCCAUGAGGAGGGCCCUGCUCCUGCCCAGCACAGCCACUGUCCUCUUGGAGGCCCAGGCUGCCACCGGGUUCUUGGUGGAUCCAGUAAGGAACCAGAAAUUCUCUGUCCAUGAGGCUGUCAAGGCUGGUAUUGUGGGACCAGAGCUGCAUGAAAAACUGCUGUCUGCUGAGAAGGCCAUCACAGGCUACAAAGACCCAUAUUCUGGGAACACCAUCUCCCUCUUUGAGGCCAUGAAGAAGGGACUGAUUCUUAAGGACCAUGCGAUACGCCUUCUGGAAGCCCAGAUUGCUACAGGAGGCAUCGUUGACCCUGUGCACAGCCACCGCCUCCCUGUGGAAGUGGCUUAUAAGCGAGGCUACUUCAAUGAGGAGAUGAACCGAACACUCUUAGACCCCACUGAUGACAGCAAGGGCUUCUUCGACCCUAACACGAAGGAGAAUCUCACCUACCUGCAGCUGAAGGAGAGAUGUAUAGAGGACCCUGAAACUGGCCUCUACCUCUUACCAUUGAGGAAACCUGAGACACCCACCGUGGUGGAGACCACUCAGGUGUACACUGAGGCUGAGACCAAGAAGGUGUUUGAGGAGACCCAGAUUGACAUUCCAAGUGGAGACAGUGCUGGUUCCUCCAUGUCUCUGUGGGAAAUCAUGCAUUCUGGCCUUAUCCCCGAGGAGCAGCGCAAGAAGCUGAUGGACGAGUUUCGCUCUGGCAAGGUGACAAAGGAGCGCAUGAUCAUCAUCAUCAUUGAGAUCAUAGAGAAGACAGAGAUCAUCCGGCAGCAAGACCUGACCUCCUAUGACUUUGUCCGACGCCGCAUCACGGCCGAGGAUCUGUAUGAAGCCAGAAUCAUCUCUGUGGAGAUAUACAAUGCCUUGAAGCAGGGCUCCAAGACCAUCCGUGAGAUCCUAGAAAUAGAGACAGUCUGGAAGUAUCUCUAUGGUGCUGGCUGUGUUGCUGGUAUCUACAUCCCAUCCAGCAAACAGAAGCUCAGUAUCUACCAGGCCUUAAAAAGAGGGAUGAUCACUCCAGAAGUGGCUCGACCCCUGCUGGAAGCCCAGGCUGCCACCGGCUUCAUUGUUGACCCCAUCAAGAAUGAGAUGCUCACAGUGGACGAGGCUGUCAGGAAAGCGGUGGUGGGCCCUGAGAUACAUGACCGGCUCCUGUCUGCUGAGAGAGCUGUGACUGGCUACCGUGACCCUUACAGUGAGCAGAAAAUCUCUCUUUUCCAAGCUAUGAAGAAGGACCUCAUUCCAUCUGAGGAAGCUCUCAGACUGCUCGACGCUCAACUGGCCACCGGAGGUAUCAUAGACCCACACUUGGGCUUCCACUUGCCCCUGGAAACAGCUUACCAGCGUGGCUACUUCAAUCGGGAGACCUACGAGAGGCUGUCUGAGCCCAGUGAGAUACGCAGCUAUAUAGACCCCUCCACAGAUGAGAAGCUUAGCUAUGCACAACUCCUAAAGCGCUGCAAGAAGGAUGAGAACACCGGCUGCCUCCUGCUGCACAUCUCUGACACUCGGCAGCUGAGCUUCCGUGGUCUGCGAAAGCAGAUCAGUGUUGAGGAGCUGGUCCGAUCUAAGGUCAUGGAUGAAGCCACUGCCCAGCGCCUGCAGGAAGGCUUAACCUCUGUUGAGGAAGUCUCUAAAGUCCUAAAGAAUUUCCUGGAAGGUACCAGCUGCAUUGCUGGUGUCUAUAUGGACUCCUCCAAGGAGAGACUCUCUGUGUACCAGGCCAUGAAGAAAGGCAUCAUCCGCCCUGGCACAGCCUUUGAACUGCUGGAGGCCCAGGCAGCCACUGGUUAUGUCAUUGAUCCCAUCAAGGGCCUCAAGUUGACUGUGGAGGAGGCGGUGCGGAUGGGCAUCGUAGGCCCAGAGUUCAAGGACAAGCUGCUUUCUGCUGAGAGGGCUGUGACUGGCUACAAAGACCCCUACUCAGGCAAGCUGAUCUCUCUCUUCCAAGCCAUGAAAAAAGGACUGAUCCUGAAAGAUCAUGGGAUCCGUCUGCUGGAAGCUCAGAUUGCCACAGGAGGAAUUAUUGAUCCGGAAGAAAGCCAUCGCCUGCCUGUCGAAGUGGCGUACAAGAGAGGCCUUUUUGAUGAGGAAAUGAAUGAGAUCCUCCUGGAUCCCAGUGACGACACAAAGGGGUUCUUUGACCCAAACACAGAGGAGAACCUAACCUACCUGCAGCUGAUGGAGCGGUGCAUCACUGAUCCGGAGACUGGGAUGUGCCUCCUGCCCUUGAAGGAGAAGAAGCGGGAGAGGAAGACCUCUUCCAAGUCCUCUGUCCGCAAACGCAGAGUGGUGAUUGUUGACCCUGAGACUGGGAAGGAGAUGUCAGUGUAUGAAGCCUACCGCAAAGGCCUUAUCGACCACCAGACCUAUUUGGAGCUCUCCGAACAAGAGUGUGAGUGGGAAGAGAUCACCAUUUCCUCCUCUGAUGGGGUUGUCAAGUCCAUGAUCAUUGACCGGCGGUCAGGGCGGCAGUAUGAUAUUGACGACGCAAUCUCAAAGGGGCUGAUAGACCAGUCUGCCUUGGACCAGUACCGCUCAGGUUCCUUAUCCAUUACAGAGUUUGCCGACAUGCUUUCUGGCAACGUAAGUGGCUUCCGAUCCAGAUCUUCCUCUGUUGGAUCCUCCUCCUCCUAUCCUGUAAGCCCAGCCCAUGUAAGAGCACAACUGACUUCAUGGAGCGAUCCCACUGAAGAAACUGGUCCCAUUGCAGGCAUCCUAGAUACAGACACCCUAGAGAAGGUCUCCAUUACUGAGGCCAUGCGUCGCAACCUCGUGGACAACAUUACUGGCCAGAGGCUCCUGGAGGCUCAAGCCUGCACAGGUGGCAUCAUUGACCCCAGCACUGGGCAGAAGUUUGCCGUCGCUGAUGCCGUCAACAAGAACCUGGUUGAUAAAAUCAUGGUAGACAGGAUCAACCUUGCUCAGAAGGCUUUCUAUGGCUUUGAGGAUCCAAGAACAAAGACCAAGAUGUCUGCUGCCCAGGCCUUGAAGAAGGGCUGGCUGUACUACGAAGCUGGCCAGCGCUUCCUGGAGGUCCAGUACUUGACAGGAGGGCUGAUCGAGCCGGAAGCGACUGGCAGGGUCUCUCUAGAUGAGGCUCUGCAGAAGGGCACCAUUGAUGCACGCACGGCACAGAAACUGCGGGAUGUCAACACCUACUCCAAAUACUUGACCUGCCCCAAAACCAAGCUCAAGAUUUCCUACAAGGACGCCAUGGAGAAAAGCAUGAUUGAGGAGGGGUCAGGUUUGCGUCUUUUGGAAGCUUCAUCACAGUCCAGCAAAGGCUAUUACAGCCCUUACAAUGUUAGCGGCUCGGGCUCUGCGUCCGGCUCCCGAUCUGGCUCUCGAACCGGUUCUAGAUCAGGCUCCAGGCGAGGCAGCUUCGAUGCUACAGGAGGGUCCGGUUUCUCCAUGUCCUUCGCUUCCUCUUCCUACAGUUCCUCAAGUUACGGCCGCCGAUACACAUCUAGCCUGAGCAGCAGUGGCGGCAACACGGAUGCUGCUGACCUGAGUCGCACCUUGACCCACCUGGUUGGGACCUGUGGGUGGGAAGGAAGCCAGGCGCUUCUCCAAAUGCAUGGGAAGCAGCUGCCUGUGGCCUGUUGCUGGAUGUCCAUUUCAACUUCCUUCCUAGUGGCCGCAGACCUCGCACCCUCCUCCCGCUUACCUGGGGAAGGGGAGAACAGCCACUUUGCAGCCACCUUGGAGCAGUUAAUAGGGGCCGUGGGGCCAAUGAUGCUGGAACGGGGCAGGGAGGGGGGCAGCCGCACCCGAGAGAGACCUUCAGAUUGCCCAGCAGGGAUCAUCCGGCUGAUCUCUCAGGAGCGUGCCCAGGUGCCCCGUCUCCAGCUAGAGAAAGGUAGGAGGAGACCCGCCAGGCUGGUUAGAGAGGCUCCCAGGCAGCAGGGAACCCGACUAGCCGGCUUGGUCCCACCAAGGCCUCUUGGGCGGGCCCUUCGCUGUGCAAAACAGGGCAAGGAGGAGCUCCUUGGGGAGGAAAACGUGGGCCAGGCUCUGCCCCAAGGGGGUGACAGGGACUGGCCGAGGGAGGAGUGGAAGGCGCAUGGUCCCGGGGUGCGAGAGCAGCUGCUGUCCCUGCGCCACUGGCUGGACACCCUGGAGAAGAGGCUGCCGGACCUGCAAGGGAAGGGCCCCGCCACAGAGAUCUGGGCCUUGUGUGUGGCCCUUUGGGGCCUCAGGCCAGGCCGCCCCUCUCCUGGCCCUCGGCCACCACCCAUGGGCAACUCAGGGAGCCGGCCCAGCUGCCUGGGGGAGAAGAGCCGCCGGUCAGAGGACUUCCUGAAGGACUCCUACCUGAAGGACUUGGGCCUGGCACCCGGCCGCCGCUCGGCAGGAAGGAACAAUGCAGAGGGCUGCCCGGGACCCCCGGAGAAGCCCCCCCUGAGCCCCGUGGUGAUCGAGAAUGGCUGGAGCGCGGCCCUGGCGGGGCCCGGCAUGGCCCUCCACGGCAGCCCCCUCCCCAAGCAGAACAACCAGGACGUCAAGGUGCAGAACGGCAGCCUCAGCUGCAACCCGCUCAAGGCCCAGCUGGAGGCGGCCGGAGUGGCCUGGAGCCCAGCCGUGGGGCCCCCCGGAGGCCUCUGGCCAUGGAAGCCCCUCACCACCACUGAGGUGACCGAGGUGACUGAAGUGACCGAGACCAUCGUGACAGAGAUCGUGGAGGUGACCGAGUUUCCCGGAGGAGACAAGAGCCGGGAGCCCCUCGUCACCAGGACGGUCAAGGUCCUGACGGACGGCGCUGGAGCCCUACCCCAGGUGUCUGCUUUUGCCGUGGGGCCCCCGUGGGGCCGUGACCAGGAGAGCCUGGGGAAGCUGCUGUCCUGGGUGGGGGACAUGGAGGACCUGGUGGCCGGCCAGAAGCCCCCCUCUUCCGAGGCCAAGGUGGUGAAAGCUCAGCUGCAGGAGCAAAAGGUGGGCUUCCAAGCACAGAGCGGGCUGCAGGGCCAAGGGGCCGUGCUUCUAAGCCCCCCCCCCCUAAAGAAGCCCCUUCUCCUCAUCCCCUGGCAGCUCCUGCGGCGCCUGCUGGACGAGCGGCGGUCCCACGUGGAGAGCCUCCUGCAGGAGAGGAAGUUGCAAGCGCCGCCCGAGGCCAGUGGCCCCACAGAGCAGCAGGGCUGGGACAAGGGCCGGGGCCUCUGCAGCCUCCGGGAGAAGUGGGCUUUCCUGGUCCAGGAGGCGGAAGCCAGGCACUGCUCCCUGGAGCGCAUCCUUCCUGCCGCUCAGGCCUUCCAAGAGUCGGGGGACGCCUUCCAAGAGUGGCUAGUCCGGACGGAGCAGGCGCUGGCCCAGCUCUGGAGGGCCAACGGGAGCCUCAGCCGAGGCCAGGAGGCCUGCGGGCAGGCCCAAUGGGGCUGGGUGCUCCUUGCAGGGGAGGAAGCCCGCCUGGCCCAGGAGAAGAUGGACUCCCUGCGGAUGCGGUUCCUGAUGGUGAGCCAGAGCAGCGCCGACAUCCUGCAGCGCCUGGAGCAGGCUUUGGAGGCCUCCUCACGCCUGGAGCCUGCCCAGGAGGACCUGGCCCUCUGGCUCUCCCGCCUGGAGAAGGAGCUCCCCUCGCAGGGAGAAGGCCCUGUAGCCCCCGCAGACAUGGAGAAGCUUGAGGUGGCUCUGCAGUCAGCCUUGGACCAAGUGUCCCACCUGGAGGCACAGCUGGAGGGUCUGGCCCAGGUGCACCUGGAGGCUGAUGCUCUCCUCUCACAGCUUGAGGAGCAGAAGCUGGUUUCGGCAGGUAUCCUGCACCACCAGGGCCUCGUGGAGCGGCUUGUGCCCAUCGCUGGCCUGAUGCUCAGCCGCCUCCCUCCUGAUGUGCAGCAGCAGGUCCAGCUGCUGGUUCAGCCCCUGCAGGAGCGCACAGAGGGUCUCUUACGCCGGAGUGCUGCUUGCGCUGUGUCCCUGGAGCAGGCCCAGUCGCUAGUGGCACAGUUUGUGGAGGCGCAGGGGGAGCUUUGGCCCUGGCUGCAGGAGACGCGGGGCGCGGUGGAGCAGUUCUCCCCGGAGAGCCUCAGCUGCGAGGCCUUCAAGGAGCAGCAGGAGCUCCUGCAGGGACUUCGGGAGGCCAUUGCCGAGCACAAGCCCCUCAUCACAAAGCUCCAGCGGGUCUCCACCCAGCUUGCCACGCUCAACCCUCAGGAGGCGGCCUCCUUUCUGCAGCACUGCCAGGAAAUGGAAGACCAGUACAGCUGUGUCCGAGAGCGGGUCCGGCAGGCCGCAGGGGUCCUGGAGGAGGCCAUUCCCCGAUACAGUCAGCUGUCGGAGCGGAUGGCACUGAUGGUGGAGUCCUUGGAGCGGCUGCGGAGCCGCCUGCAGCCCCCUUCGGCCGCUGUGAGGGGGGACCCGGCGUGGAUCCAGGAGCAGCUCCGGGAGAACGGCCUGCGCCUGGCAGAACUGGAAAAGCUGGGGGUGGCCCUGGAGACCCUGCGGGGCCAGGGGGCUGAGCUGCUGGCCACCGUGCAGACGAGUGCCAAUGAAGAGAUCCAGGUCCAGGUGGAGCAGUUGCUGCACCAGUGGGAGGAGAUGUGGGCGCAGGGCGAGGAGCGGGAGAGCUGGCUGCAGGGCCUCCUGACACUGGCUGAACGCUUCUGGCACGGCCUCUCGGACCUCGCCGCUGCCCUUGGUGACACCCAACAGGCUGUGAUGGAGCCAAUGGAGGCCUCCUCGGACCCGGGGGCCAUCCGGAUCAGGCUGGAGGCCAUGCAGGUCCUGCGUGAGGAGAUUGACGCGCUGCAGAGUGACCUGGACUCCUUGGGCACCCUUGGUGUGGAGCUGAUGGCGUCCUGCGGAGACCCAGAGAAGCCGGACGUCACGAAGAGCCUGGACGAGCUCUACUCCUGUUGGCAUGGCGUGAGCAAGGCGUGGGCGGAGCGGCAGUCCUGGCUGGAGGAGAAGCUGCAGGCCUCCCUGGCCUACCAGGAGACCUUGCAGAGGCACCUAGGCUGGCUGGGGGAAGCAGAGCUGCGGAUGGCCGAGGCGUUCCUUGUGGCGGGGAACCCGGAGCUGGUGAAGCAGCAGCUCUUGGAGCUGAAGGACUUCAAGAGGGAGCUGUACCAGCGCAAGGUGGAGGUGGAGAGUGCGCGGCCACAGGCGGGGCCCAGGGGGGCUGACGGGAAGGACCCCCCAAAGGCCCUCUGUGACUUCCGUGAACGCUGGAGCCGGCUGGAGGAGGCGGCCGUAGGGCGGCAGCACCAGCUGGAGGCCUCCCUCCUGGGCCUGGGUCAGUUCCAGAGCCAGCUGGAGGAACUGCUGGAGUGGCUGCUGCGCACCACGGAACUGCUGGCGGAGCCCCCCGCCCUCUCCCUGGACCUCCAGAGCUGCGAGAUCGAGCUGGCGAAGCACAAGGUGCUCCGGAAUGACGUCCUGUCCCAUGCCCGGACGGUCCAGUCGGUCAAGGAGGCUGGCCAGGGCCUGUUGCUCUCCGGGGGCGAGGGAGAGGCCGGAGAAGGGCUGCAGGGCCGCCUCCAGGAGCUGAGCCAACGCUGGGACGCUGUGCUGGGGCAGACCGAGAGCCGGCAGAUGCAGCUGGAGAGCAACCUGGGGCAGGUGCAGGACAUCACCCUGGAGAUCACGGACCUCCUCCAAUGGCUGGAGCGUGUGGAGCUGCAGCUCUGCUUCCACAAGCCGGUCUGGGGCCAGCCGGAAGCCACCAAGGACAAGCUGGUCGCCCACAUGGAGCUCUGCAAGGAAAUGGAGGCCAAGCAGCCGGAGUUCAACAACCUCCGAGAGGCAGCGCAGCGGCUGCUGUCUGCAGGGCAUUCUCCCCGGCCCUCAAGCAGUAGCAGCACGGAGCACAGCCUGAGCCUCCUGGAACAGAAGUGGGGCAGCGUGGCCGGACAGCUGCAGGAGAGGAAGGAGCAGCUCAGCGAAGGCCUGGCGGUCACUACUGAGUUCCACUCCUCCGUCCAGCAACUGCUGUCCUGGGUGGAGCGGACGGAGGAGGCCCUAGGGGCCCUUCCUGCCCCCAGCUGUGUCCUGGAGACCAUCGCUGACCAGAUCCAGGAGCAGAAGGCCCUAGCCAAGGAAGCCCACUCCCAGAGCGAGAAGCUGGCCAGCCUGGAGGCGCUGGCUGCUCGUAUGCAGGACCGCAGCACUGUCCAGAGCCUGGUACUGAGUGCUAGGGAGCGGCUGGCCAGAGUGGCCCAGCAAGUCGCCGAGAGGGGAGCACUGCUGGAGGAAGCCCGACAGCGCGCCAGGCAGUUCAGUGAGUCCUGGCAGCUCCUCCUGGACUGGCUGGAAGAGGUGGACCUGGCCCAGGGGCUGCCCAGCGAUGUGGCCGCGGGACAAGAGGCCAUCAGGACCCUUCUUGGGGAGCACAAGGAGUUUCAGAAGGGCCUGCGCAGCAAGCGCCCUGUGUACGAGGCCACUCUGCGGAGCGGGCGCCUCCUCCGUGAGAAGGCCUCACUGCCAGAGGAUGCCCAGUCGCUGGAGGAGAUGCUGCGGGAGCUGAAGGAGCGCUGGGGAGCGGUCAGCAGCUGGGCGGCCGAGAGGCAGCGCAAGCUGGAAGAGAGCCUGCUCUUCUCCGGCCGCUUCACGGACGCUCUGCAGACCCUGAUGGACUGGCUGUACCAGGUGGAGCCACAACUGGCCGAGGAGAGCCCCGUGGCUGGAGACAGGGACCUGGUCCUCUCCCUCAUGGACAAGCACAAGGCAUUCCAACGGGAGCUGGGCCAGCGGGCGAGCUGCAUCAAGGCACUGCAGCGCUGCAUGCGGGACCUGAUCCGGGGGAAUGACAGUGGCGGCAGAGCCUCCUCAGGGGAUGCACAGUGGCUGCACAGCCAGGUGGAGGAGCUGGGCCUGCGUUGGGAGCUCAUCUGCCGGCUCUCCCUCUCCAAGCAGGACCGGCUGGAGGCCGCCCUCAGGCAGGCAAAGGAGUUCCACAGACUGGUGCACUCCUUCCUGGGCCGCCUCUCAGAGCUUGAGAACUCCAUCAAGUAUGGGGCCCUUCCGGAGGACGUGGCAGCCAUCCAGCAGAGCCAGGAGCACAUGAAGGAGCUGCGCCAGGGACUGCAGUGCCAGCAGCUGGAGCUGGAGUGCAUCGCUUCCCUGGGAGAGGAGAUCCUGAGCGCCUGCCACCCGGACGCCGCCAUCGCCAUCAAGUCCUGGCUCACCAUCACCAAGACCCGCUUCCAGGAGGUGCUCAGCUGGUCCCAGCAGCAGGAGGAGCGCCUCCAGGCCCACGGGGCCUCCCUCGUGGCAGAGCAGGAGGAGGUGGCGCGCCUCACGGACUGGAUCAGAGCCGCGGAGGAAGCCCUGGGCCUGAGGGACGAGGAGCCCCUCCCGGAGGACACCUUGCAGCUGGAGGAGCUCAGCCGGCAGCACGCAGUCUUCAUGGAGGAACUGAACCGCAAGCAGCCAGAGGUGGAGAAGGUCACCAAGAGCUGCAAGCCCCCAGCGCCCUCCGAAUUGGGAGCAGUGCCCGCCCCCCGCAGGCUGGCUUCCCGGCGACGCAGCAUCGGGAGACUUUGCCCCAGAGGUCCUGCUGCCCGGCUCCAGGAGGAGGAGCACCCGGGGCCCCAGAAGCCCCUCCUGACCCUCCUGGCCCACCGCUGGCAGCAGCUCUGGCUCCUGGCCCUCGACCGGCAGUACCGCCUCCAGAAUGCCCAGCAGCGCCAGAGAGAGCUGGAGGCAUUCUCCCACUUUGACUUUGCCGUCUGGCGGAAGCGCUACCUGCAGUGGAUCAGCCGCCUGAAGUCACGGGUCCUGGACAUCUUCCGGGGCAUCGACCGGGACCAGGACGGGCGCGUCUCCCUGCAGGAGUUCAUCCAGAGCGUCCUUUCCUCCAAGUUCCCCACCAAUGCUCUGGAGAUGAACGCUGUGGCCAACAUCUUCGACAUGAAUAGGGACGGCUUCAUUGACUACUACGAGUUCGUCAGCACGCUGCACCCCACCCGGGAUCCGAUGCACAGGGCGGCUGACGCGGACCAGAUCCAGGAUGAGGUGAACCGGCAGGUGGCCCAAUGCAGCUGCGCCAAGCGCUUCCAGGUGGAGCAGAUCAGUGCCAACCGGUACAGAUUUGGGGAGUCCCAGCAGCUGCGCAUGGUCCGCAUCUUGCGCAGCACCCUGAUGGUACGGGUGGGAGGAGGCUGGAUCGCGCUGGACGAGUUCCUGGUGAAGAACGACCCCUGCCGAGUGAAGGGGAGGACGAAUGUCAAGAUCAAUGAGAAGUACCUCUCCGCGGACCCUCCAGGGGCCAAAGGGGGCAGCAGCCAGUCGGCCCCCGCCUCCAAGGCCCUCUCGCCCAGCAGCUCCAGCCUCAGCCUCUACAGCAGCGCCUCCGCCCCCAGCAGUCCCCUCGGCAAGAAGGCAGUCCUGCGCAGGACGCGCUCCGGGGACCGGUGCCCCCGCUCCUCCUGUGCUCCUCGUGAGGAAGACGGGGCUGAGGCGGCCUUUGCCGGCCUGGCGCCAGACGGAGAGGAUCCUCAGGCUGAGGCCGGGCCCCCAGACCCGCCUGGAGAGCCCCCACCCUGAAGGAGGACGGAGCCACAAAGCUGCCUGCCUGUGGGGCUCCUGUGGGGCGGCCCUUUCUCCCGUGGGGCCCCUGGAAGGAGGGAGAGGGGCGGGAGAGCAGGCGGGACACUUCUCGGAAAGCUCAGAGGGGGCCGGGACCUGUGCCUGUGGGCCUGCCCCACACAGUCCCUUGCACACGCUUGCCUUUGGCCUCCCUCACCCUCCUCCUUGCCAUCUGGGGAGAUGACUCCAUGGGGUGCUCUCCUGCUGGUUUGGGGCCACUGGCCCUCUCCGGUCUCUGCUUCUCUCUGUGGAGGAAAGGCACCCCUCACCUGGGAGGCCCAUGGGGGGAAGGAAGGAAGGAAGGAGGGGGCCUGGUGGGGUCAGGGGUCACACUUGCCUGUCCCCUGCCCCCUCUGCUCCUGGGGGACACCCCUCUCCUCUAAGGGUCAAGCAGGGCCGGGAUGUCUCUCUGGUUGGGGCAGUGCUACCUCCCUGGGAACAAUAAAGACUUGGAGAUUUCUGUA